CCUAACUACCUAAAUCCAUGAAACAACAAAAAUUGUAACUACCACCGCUGUGGCCAUGGUGGAUCGAACAAGAAGCAGAGUCAAUUUCCACGAUUUUCAUGGAUACUUUCAUCGAGACUUCGGCGUUUAGUCUAUGGGGUAGACUUGGACCGCUGCUGCUUAAAGUUCAUCGCAAUUUCAGUCCCAAUUUCCACAUGAUUUCUUUCCAUUCUAUUUAUUUACAAGAUUCAUCUUCUUUUGAACCCAUGAAUUUGGAAUUGAACCGAUUAACAUCGCCAUUGAAGAGCGAGAGAGUGAGAAAUGGAGAAGGCAUUCAACAGACAGAGGAUUCUUCUUCAACACUUGAAACCCAGCCUAUCGUCGCCGUCGUCUUCUGAGUCUGAAUCUGCUUCGUUUUCUGCUUCUGUGUGUGCUGCUGGAGAAAGCGCUUCACAUUCUUACCAUAGGACUGCGGCAUUUGGGGAUGAUAUUGUCAUUGUAGCAGCAUAUCGAACAGCAUUUUGCAGAGCAAAAAGAGGGGGUUUCAAGGAUACUCCUGCAGAUGAUCUUCUUGCAUCUGUUCUCAAGGCUGUGAUUGAGAGAACAAAUUUGAAUCCGAGGGAAGUUGGUGAUAUAGUAGUUGGCACAGUUUUGGCUCCUGGCUCUGUGAGAGCCUCUGAAUGCAGGAUGGCUGCUUUCUAUGCUGGCUUCCCUGAUACGGUGAGCAUAAGAACUGUUAACCGACAGUGCUCGUCGAGCCUUCAAGCUGUUGCUGAUGUCGCUGCUGCCAUUAAAGUUGGAUACUAUGAUAUUGGCAUUGCAGCUGGGUUGGAGUGCAUGUCUAUUGAUAACAUUGAAUUUCCUGUUAGCAACAAUCCCAAAGUAAAUGCCUUCCAACAAGCUCGAGAUUGUAUGCUUCCUAUGGGCAUCACUUCUGAAAAUGUAGCCCAAAAAUAUGGUGUGAGUAGGGAAGAACAAGACCAGGCUGCUGUUGAAUCACAUAGACGUGCUGCUGCAGCAAGUUCAUCUGGUAAAUUCAAAGAUGAGAUCAUCCCUGUUCCCACAAAGAUCAUCGACCCAAAAUCCGGCGUUGCGAAGUCUGUGAUUGUAUCCGUAGACGAGGGCAUUCGGCCCAACACAAACAUGGAAGCUUUGGCGAAGCUGAAGCCAGCAUUCAAGAGAGAUGGCUGCACAACAGCAGGGAAUUCUAGUCAAGUUAGUGAUGGAGCUGCUGCAGUUCUCCUCGUGAAAAGAAGCGUUGCUAUCCAGAAGGGACUGCCUAUUCUUGGAAUCUUCAGGAGUUUUUCAGCGGUUGGUGUGGAUCCAGCAGUAAUGGGAAUUGGACCAGCUGUUGCAAUUCCAGCGGCUGUCAAAUCUGCUGGUCUCUCUCUUAAAGAUAUUGACCUUUUUGAAAUUAAUGAGGCAUUUGCAUCUCAGUUUGUGUAUUGCUGUAAGGAACUAAAGCUUGAUACUGAAAAGGUGAAUGUUAAUGGCGGUGCAAUGGCUCUUGGACAUCCUCUGGGCGCAACCGGUGCUCGUUGUGUGGCAACUCUCUUGAAUGAAAUGAAGCGUCGUGGGAGGGAUAGUCGAUUUGGUAUCAUCUCCAUGUGCAUUGGCUCAGGAAUGGGAGCGGCAGCUGUAUUUGAGAGAGAUGACUCUAUCGAUGAACUUUACCAUGGAAGGCCAACCUCACGUUGAAAACGACAUUUUGAUCUCCAAAAAAAUCCCAUCUAAGAAUUUGCAAUACUCUAUUUAAUGAUGUAUCAAUAAAUCUACGUUUUUGUUAUCAAUCUAGAUUAGAAUUUUUCAUGUACCAAUUCAUUUCA